AUGACUGUUGGCUCUGCAGGCGACGGGGAUCCCCGGACGCUCAUCACAGAAGGCUUUCAUCAGAAUCAAGGAGAACAUAAGAGUGAAGAGGGUGAGGACGAGUACGCAGCCCUGCCUCAUUCCAUUGGUCAGCGCGAAUCGUCCCGAGACGAUCCCUUUGACCGUGACGCGCGCCAUCACACCGACGUGGAGCUGACGUACCGUGUGCGUGAAUUGUACAGGACACCCGAAUUUCCGCAUGAUUUUCCAAAGCUCAUCUCAAUUUGCCGUGUCCAAGGUUUUUGUCAGGCCUACGAAUUGAAGGUAGGGGUGUGUUUGCAUCUUUCGCACUACCCUUGCAGCUGACGGGCAGCGAAAUUCAUGCCGGUACUUCAGCAGCAGCGUGCGAAGGCACACUGGCUUCCGGGAUAGGAGUUCAUGUACGAAAUGGCCGUUGAGAAGGUUGAGGAGGGUGAUAGCGAAGACCUUUCUGAGGUUGUUGAGUGGCGAGCCUUUUCACUGAUUAUCCCAGAGCUGCCAGAUGGACGACUGUCGCUCCUUCGAAGUCCUGUGGGACAUGUCACCAGGGUCACGUCUGGAAUGACGUCGUAAGUUGAUCCAUCAGCCGGGGCCGCCGUGCUUGUAAAAUUCAGCCUAAAAUCUCAUCAGAUUCCGGUGCUUUCUCGUUGGAGAUUCGGUGCACAACUCUUACUGUUUCAGGGAUUGCAGGCGGGAGGUCCAGGUCGUCGGUCAAUGACGACGUCGGAAAUCGUGGAUGGGAGGUUGAAGAAACUUCUGAAGUGCCCUAUUCGGCGCUCCACAUCAUGGUAUAUCUUUGCAAGGGGGCUGUACUAUCAGAACGGGGAAGCAGGCCUCUGCUUUGGUUUUGGGACCGUAGAUCGCCUUGACUGCUGCGUGGGAGCUAUUUAUGUCAUUUCGGUACACAUACCACUGGGUUACCUUUGUGGUGGUUAUGCGGUGAGAAUGUGUGAGUGGUCUAAGCGUCACCAUAAUCAGGGCAAAUCCUAGUGUUGUAGAGGGAAGGAAAAAGUCACCAGAAUGAGGAGUUUGUUGUGCACAGAACCCGGAGUUGUCCUCUCAGGUGACAGUGGCCACUGGCGAAGCCAGCGCUGGUGUUGACUGCGUCCAGUCAUGCCUGAGAGUUCCUAAGAUAGUGGUGUCAACCGCUUUUGUAGGCUCGUGGGCCAAGCUCAAGUGGUGUCCAGUCAGCGUGUGUUUCACUUGCCGAGGGGUAAUGUCCCAGUGGCUUGUUUUGCUGGUUGCAGGGGGUGGCGCAUGGGCAGCUGCGGCUGUGCGGACUCAGGUAUGCCCGAGCUGUCGGCCGUGUGACUUCAGGUCAGCGCGUCUGGAACGGCGUGAAUGACCUUGAGGCAGAGAGGUCCUGAACAAUUGUAGCGGCCGAGGACGUCAAGGGUAGCACACACCAGAGUAAGAGAACGCUGAGAGUAGAUCCUGGCCGGGUUAGACCCUGAACGGAACUGUUAACACUUCUUGAUACUCAUCCAUACACCGGGGAAGAAGACAGAUCGAGUAAUGGAAAUAGUGUAAUGCAUAACGAGACAACCAAGGAAAAUGUGUAUAAUAACUGUUAACAAUACAGGGGGAUGAGUUACAGCUGAAGAAUGACCUGUCUGAGUGAAGAGGCGAUAGCGACAUGCCAGCUAAAUAACCGGUGGGGAGCGCAGCGCUGUGGGCAACUGCAGGGGAGGGCCGAGGGAGGUGCCGAUGUUGUGAGACGGAGAGCCAGGCGAGCGUUACGGUACGGUACGGUAAGGGGGCAGGGAUCGGCGGAUGAGAGAGGAAGGGACACCGGCCAUCUUCGCUGACACGCGGUUACGUCAUCUCCACCCUAGGUCCUCGCGCCAAAAGUGUCACGGCAUUCAAACAAUACUGUUCAAGUCCAGGGGCGUUACACAAUGACGCCAGACCGGUCAUGAUGUCUGCCGGCAACACCUUCUCAUUCAGGCGUCCUGCAUCUCCAGCAGUCGUCGUUGUUCAGGGCGGCGAUAUCAGAAGAAGGCCGCUUUGGUGUCGUCGGUCUAAUGGUUCCCAUUGGCUUGAUGCAGCCCGUGAUCUUCGGCGAGCAGGCUGCUGGUGUCUGCAUCGUUUUCGUUAAACAGUGGAACACCAUCUCAAAAAGAUUCGUGGGUCAACGGCGGCUGGGCCGGACGGUGUCUCUCCUUUUCUCCUUAAGUCUUGCUGUUUGCAGAUAGCUCCCGUCUUGACCCACCUUAUUAAUCUAUCCUUCAUAGAGUCCAAGAUUCCUGACGCCUGGCGUACAGUAAGAAUUACUCCAAUCCUUAAAAAAUCUUUAACUUUUGCUCCUAAAUCUUUCCGUCCUAUUGCCUGCUCUUCUGCACUCCUGAAACUUACUGAACGAGUUGCAUUAGAUUCCCUUAAGUCCUCCUCCGUCAAUUUUUCUGAUCCUCUACAAUUUGCAUAAAAGACAAAGCGUAGCACCUUGGAUGCUGUUGCUUUAGUUGUUCAUUCAGCUUUGAGAGACUUAGACAAGGGAUGCCGUGCAUAUGCAUGUGCUUUUCUUGACUACUCAUCCGCCUUCAACACUAUUCCGCGCCAACUCCUCCUGACCAAAACAGCUGCGUGCGACACUCCGAGCUGAGUUGGCUCUUGGCUUAGAGAUUAUUUUUCCUCCCACACUCAGUUUGUCCAGUCGGGAAAGAGAAAAUAUUCUAUUCUUCCAAAUAAUUGUGGAGUUCUACAAGGUUCCAUCUUAUCCCCUCAUCUUUUCUCCCUACAUACUGAUGAUUUGAGAUCGCCAAACGACUGCCUGUAUGUUAAGUAUGCCGAUGACAUGGUCGUAGGCCACCCACUCAAAAACCUGACUCACCUACAGUCUUUAAAGGAUGGCUUAGAUCACGUCUCCGCAUGGUCUUCGAAUAAUGGACUCCUACUCAACAAUCAGAAAUCAGUACAGUGUGUGUUUCGAUUGCGACCCUCUCCCAUUCCUGAACCUUUGGAUAUUCUUCCCAAUAAGGUAUCUUCUUUCCGGUACCUAGGUGUUACUUUAUCCUCAAAUCUCUCUUUCUCUCUUCAUAUGGAAGCCCUUUUAACAAAAAUUCAAAAACUUGUUUAUUACAUUCAUCGUCUACGUUCAUAUCACACACCCCAGUCCUUAAUCUGGCGAUUCAUAGAUGGCUGUAUUCUUCCACUCAUUCUUUAUUGUUCUCCAGUUAUUUUUCCAGCUUUACUUAAAAAAGAUCUAAUUAUUUUUAAACGUGUCAUUCGAAUGCUCGCCUCUGCUGCUGGUGUUUCCUAUCAUACUUUAGUUGAUAUCAUCGUGCAGCGACACUUCAACUCGGUGGAGCAAUUCGCUGACCGAAUUCUGAAUGACACCGUCCAUCCCCUUCAUAAUGAGUUAAUGGCUGCGAAAUCCUUACGCCCCAUGCGUCGAUGCUUCCGCCACAUCCCUUGCCGCACUUUGGCCUAUCGGAAUUCCAUACUGCCAUUUCUAGCCCGGUAUCUCACCUGCAAAGAUGCUGAAAAACAAAAACUAAAACUCGAUCUUGCACCUCAAAGUCCUUUUUUCUUCAUAUAUAAUCAUUUCCACCUGUCCAAAACCUGUUAAUCUCUAUGGUAAUCACUGUGUACUGGAGAACCGUUUUUGCUGAAAGUUUUGAAAGUUAUUUUCAAAAUAAAGCAGUCCUCUCUCUCUCUAGUGUUCAGGACGAGUGCCACCAAAGACGUCCAAGACAGCACAUUGUAUAGUACUCCUCAUUUGACACUGCCGAGUUUCCACGAUAACGCUGUCGUCCGUGGCCGGCAGUUCUCCCCCGUGCUGGGCUGGUGAGUAGACAAAUUCGACGGACAAGUACUUAACCUACCUGGCGGUUGCUUAUCUUUUGUCCUCCUGCGGGGUUACAGUCGGAGGCUCAUCUUGGAGAUGACGAGGUGGUGAUUCGUUCAGUCGUCGGCGUCGCAGAUCGUCACGGUUACCAGCACGUCCUGUCGAUCUUGCCUCCGGACAAUAUCGUAGUCCAGCAGCUGUCAGCGUCGCGAUCGCGGGUGCAUCCAGCUCUUGCAUCUUGCGCGGGUUCGAAGCAGGAGAAGGCCGUUGUCUUUGCUGCCGGCAAUCGCAUGGGUAUCCAGCACUCCUCUCCAGGCGCCGUAGUCUGCUCUGACGCAGGCAAUGAAGUCACAACGAAGUACUAA